CACCGCGCCACGACACUCACUGCGUCUCCGUCAUGAAUCCAUUGGUGAUCCUCGUGGGCCUGGCGGCUGCCGUCUCCGCCGCCCCCGCCCCGCAGUCCUCGGGCGCAGCGGUCGCCCCGCUGCUCGUGAGGAACGUCGACAAGGACCUCGAGGUUCAGGUCGUGCAGCUUGAGGAUGGCGAGUACGGCGUGCGCGUGUUCAAGAGCUCGGACCAGCGCCCGAUCCUCCUGCCCAGCCAGACCUGGUCCGUCCCGCCGGAGUGGCGCGCCCCCGGACGCGAGGCCGCCAGGGUCGUCCACGCCGAGCUCCUUUCCUCCGGCGACGUGGUCGUCGUCCUGUACAGCCCCAAGGACGGCCUCGACCUGAUCGUGUUGCCGAAGGGGAUCUUCAAGCCCACUGAGGUGACGACCGACAACGCCAUCAUCUUCCCAAAGGUGUCCGUCCCGUGGCACCCGACCGUGUCCACGCCGGCCGAGGAAUGGACGUGGCCCUCGGACGCGGAGGCCGUCACGCCCUCCGGCACCGGCUUCCGCUCGGCCUCGCCAGAGAAGGCGACCCUCCCCGAGGAGUGAGGCUUCUCGUCGCGCUCUCUCUCGCAAAACCAAAGAAUGGAUAGAGUGUUUUUUAAUAGAUUGAGCAGUGACCAUUUUGUAAACACUUGCAGCUCUUUGUCUCAUGUACUAUUAUCUGAGCGUAGAUAUAGAAACCCAUAGAUGUAUUAAUGUUAAGCCUUUGACGUCUUAUUCACAAAUUAGCAUUCUUUAUUUAUUUUCAUAUCAUCUGCUUUGGUACUUUGUUGGUGAAUGCAUCGUCAUCAGGAAAUUAAAACAGUGAUUCUUUAAA